AUGUCUUUCAAAAUAAUUAAACAUUGCAGCACCAAGGACUAUAAAUACCAAAUAUCAUACUUGUCGCAUUGCGCCUGUAGCUGGUAUCAUGCUUCAUCUUACGCAUCAUUCAACAAUCAUGUUGAACAUUCCUAUCACCACGACGAUCAUCAUGAGCAUCAUGAACCACAUCACCACCCAAAAUACGAAUAUAAAUACGGCGUUGAGGACCACCACACUCAUGACAUAAAAUCUGCCGAAGAGGAACGCAACGGAGAUGUGGUUAAGGGAUGGUACAAACUGGAGCAACCCGAUGGCAGAACCCGUGUAGUUCAUUACACUGCCGAUAAACACAACGGAUUCAACGCUGAGGUCAAAUAUUCAGGGCAUGCUGACCAUCCUCAUCAUUAUUAA